UCCAUCACAACCACGAUUGCAUCAAAAAGCAACUAUGUUGCUACCAAUCUUUCUUUUUUCGCUUUUGGCAUCCACAAACGCGGUAAUAAUAGAUAACUUGUUAAAAAUACCGAAAAUUCUGUUGGAUCCCUUAGAUCUGAUACCAGCACUCCCAGAUCUAGGCACUAUUGCAGCCGGGCCUGAGGAUGCGCAACUUACGACCAUGGAACUGAUAAAGAAAUACGGUUACAAUGGCGAACAGCAUACAGUGACUACUUCUGAUGGUUAUAUUUUAGAAUUACAUAGGAUAACAGGACGAGCUAAUUCCAGCGAUUCGCAAACGCAAAAACCUGUUGCAUUUGUGAUGCAUGGCCUUUUGUGCAGUUCAGCAACUUGGGUCCUUGCCGGGCCCGGGAAAGGUUUAGGUUUUAUUCUUUCUGAUGAGGGAUAUGAUGUGUGGCUUGGUAACGCGCGUGGCACCUUGUAUUCCCGUGAACAUACAAAUUCGGCCUCCAUAAAGAAGAAGAAUUAUUGGGAUUUCAGCUGGCAUGAAAUUGGCAUAUACGAUCUUCCAGCAAUGAUAGAUCAUGUCCUGGAGACUACCGGUCAAGAAAAACUGUUUUACUUGGGACACAGCCAGGGUACCACAAGUUUCUUCGUGAUGGCAACGGAGGUACCCGAAUACCAAGACAAGAUUAAAGCGAUGUUCGCCAUGGCUCCGAUCGCUUAUUGCGGCAGGAUGAAGAGUCCCUUCCUCCAAUUGCUGUCACAGUUCUCUUAUACUCUCGAUACAAUGACAUCCUUGAUCGGUAUGCACGAAUUUAACCCCAGCAACGUCUUCAUUAAAAAAAUGCAACAAAUAAUGUGUGCGGAAAACGCUCUUUCGCAACCAAUAUGUUCGAAUGUGAUGUUUCUAAUUGCUGGAUUUAAUCCUGAUCAGCUCGAUAGGAGUCUUCUACCAGUAAUCUUAGGACAUGUUCCUGCUGGUGCAUCCACAAAGCAAAUUAUUCAUUAUGGACAACUCAUACAAUCUGGUUCACGUAUCUUACCAGGAGAAUUUAAACAAUUUGAUAAUGGAUUAUUGCAAAAUAAAAAAUACCAUAACUCACGUACUCCACCAAAAUAUGAUGUAAAGGAGAUCAAAGUACCAGUCUCACUCAUUUACAGUAAAAACGAUUGGUUAGCAAACGUCAAGGAUGUGGAAAAACUGUAUAGCGAAUUAGGCAAUCCUUAUAGUCUAUUUCUAGUGGAAGAUAAGAAAUUCAACCAUCUAGAUUUUAUGUGGGCCAUCGACGCGAAGCCGCUUGUGUAUGACCCGAUAAUAAGUUUAAUGAAAGAGUUCAAAUGGCGUCUUUAUACAUAUGUAAUAUAUACACGCCACAAAAUUGUGCGCAAAAUCGCACAAUUUAUUUCGAUCUCAACAACCACGAAAUUGCAAUCUCAUCAAACGACUACGAUGCUACUGCCAACCCUUCUCUUCUCGAUUCUGGUGUCCGUUAGGUCGAUGCCAAGUUUUCCUUUUGAUCAAGCGGAUAUCUCGUCGAUAAAUCAACGGAUAUUGGCAGCAAGCAAGAAAUUCGCAGAUCCGCAAUCUUCCUUAAUCCAUUUUUCCGGACAUCCAGACGCGGACCUUACCACUCUGGAAUUAGUGAACAAAUACGGCUACAAUGGUCAGCUACACAAAGUAAUCACAUCUGACGGUUAUAUUUUGGAAUUACAUCGAUUAAGAGGACGGACAAAUUCGAGCGAAGUACAAAAGCCUGUUGCGUUUGUUAUGCAUGGUCUUUUAUGUAGUUCGGCGAGUUGGGUCGUUUCUGGACCCGAGAAGGCUUUAGCAUACAUUUUGUCGGAUGCGGGAUAUGACGUGUGGCUUGGUAAUGCGCGUGGUUCCUUCUAUUCGCGUAAACAUGAGUCUUUAUCUACCCUUGACAAAGAGUAUUGGGAUUUCAGCUGGCAUGAGAUUGCCACGCGCGAUCUUCCUGCGACAAUAGAUUACAUCCUGAAGACCACCGGUCAAGAAAAGCUGUUUUACUUGGGUCAUAGCCAGGGUACCACAAGUUUCUUCGUGAUGGCAACGGAGAUGCCUGAGUAUCAGAACAAGAUCCAGGCGAUGUUUGCCAUGGCUCCUGUCGCUUAUUGCGGUAGAAUAACGAGUGCAGUUAUACAGCUCCUUGCAAGAUUCAUGGAUUCCAUUGACAUGGUGAUGAAAUUGUUCGGUCUAUAUGAAUUCCUGCCUACCGACGAAGGGAUGAAAGAAUUUCAAAAAUUAGUGUGCGCGGAAGACGUCAUCACGCAACCCUUCUGCUCGAAUCUGCUCUUCCUAAUCGCUGGAUAUAACGAGGAGCUAUUUAAUAAGACUCUUCUACCGAUAGUCUUGGGACAUAUUCCUGCUGGUGCAUCAACGAAGCAAAUAAUGCAUUAUACGCAACUUGUCAGAAGUGGACAGUUUAGACAAUACGAUUAUGGAUGGCUCAAUAAUAAAAGGAAAUACGGUUCAUUUAGUCCACCAAUUUAUGAUCUAAAAAAAAUACAAGUACCAAUCUCAUUGCAUUAUAGCAGCAACGAUUGGUUGGCGAACAUCAAGGACGUGAAUAAAUUAUACACAGAACUUGGCAAUCCUUAUGGUAAAUUCCGAGUGCCACAUGAUAAAUUCAACCACUUGGAUUAUAUGUGGGCUAACGACGUAAAGAGUCUUCUAUAUGACAAGAUAUUAAGCCUAAUGACACAUUUUCGAAAAUAAACGUCCAAUUCUUUAGUGAAACUUUGCAAAAACUAAUGUGCAACAAUUUUUUGGGGAAGGAGAGACCGCACGAUAACAUCCCAUCGAUAUUUUUCCUUGCUUAUUGGAUCAAUGGCAAAGAAAUGGAUUAGGACUUGACACUCUCUCUCUCUCUUAUCACAGAUCAAAAGUUUGCGAUUAUCGGAUAAACUCUCUCUGCUACAGAGUCAACACCAAAUUCUUUUCUAUUCGCCCUAACAGCAUAAAGUAUUCAAUGAAAAAAAAAAACUCGUGACAAUGUUUGGGAGGAAUAAUUAUUUUUUCUACUUGCGUUAUAAAAAAAAAAAUAUUUAAUCAUUUAAUAUAAUUAAAAUUUCAUUUUCAAUCAAAUCUAA